GUUCCUGGCAACAGGCAGACGUUUGGCCAACACGAUCUCUCUCUCUCCAGCUCGUCCAAUGUCCCCCGACACGACGGCGACGUCUCAGUAACCCUCACCACGCCGCCCCUCCCCACCGCCGUAAUGGGCGACCAAGAACACUACUCCUCCACUGCCCGCGCCCUCGCCGCUCAGUACAACGACUCCGACGACGAUGAGCCUAUCAACCCGUCCUCCAUCGGCACGCGCAAUGCCCCCAUCUGGUCACGUCGUUCGCUCGAGUCGCCUAACGCCAGCACAUCACGUCGUCCUUACCGGCGCCGCGACAAAUACAUGACUCUCCUCGGCCAAUACUCCACCCGCGGCCAACAGCUAUGGAACUCGCUCACACCAGCACAAAGAACGCUCACGGUAAUCGCCCUGGUCGUUAUAAAUGUCCUCGUCAUCCUCGCCCUCAUCUUCUCCGAACGAAUCUUCCACGCUCUAGCCCCAGCCGCCAAACGUUGGCGCGAAAUGCCAGCCGGCUGGCUCAUCCUCUGGAUCAUGACCUUUUUCGUCUCCUUCCCUCCCAUGAUCGGAUAUAGCACCUGCGUCACCAUCGGGGGCUUUGUUUUCGGCAUGCCAGGCUGGUUCAUCCUCGCCUCGGCCACAAUCGUGGGCUCAACAUGCUCCUUCAUCGUCUCUCGAACCGUCCUCAAAAAUUUCGUAUCACGUAUGACGGAGAAGAAUACACAAUUUGCUGCGCUAUCUCUCGUCCUGAAACACGAUGGUAUCAAACUACUCAUUCUGGUACGACUUUGUCCUUUGCCGUACAGUUUCAGCAAUGGAGCUAUUAGCACGAUCCCGACAGUGACAUGGCAGAAUUUCAUGUUGGCAACGGCGAUUGCGAGUCCGAAAUUGUUAUUGCAUAUUUUUGUUGGGAGGCAAUUGGGCGUAAUUGCCGAGUCCGGAGAUAAGAUGUCCUGGGGGACGAAAAUGGUCAGCUAUACGACCAUGGCGAUUGGCAUUGCCGUGGGCAUUGGGACAGGAUAUUUGAUAUAUUCACGGACAGCAGCGAGAGCCGCUGUCUUGGAGGCCGAGGAGAUCGCGGCUGCUGGGCAAAGUGGCAGGAUCAGAAGAACGAGUACGGGAGGGACUGAAUAUGUGGACGAUGAAGCUGUCGAGGCGGGAUUCGGCAGUGGGGCGGCGGAUAUUGUGAGGCAGAGGCAGAGUGAUGUUUCAUUGCACACAACGUACGAGCAAGAUUUGGAAAGAGGUGGGGCAUAUCGCGAUGAGUUUACGGAUGAUGAGGAUGCUACGGAACGGGACGUCUUCGACUCUGGGGAAGGCGAGACGGAUGAUGAAAGCACUGUUAAACGAAAGGGCUCAGGGUGA